AUGACGGAGCAUUCCUCGCCGCCAAACGAGAUCGCCUCGGAGGCAAAUGAGCAGCCGCAAGGGAACGACAAGAUCAACAAAGCUUGCGAGACUUGCCGAAGCAGUAAGCUGAGGUGCAUAGUGGAGGAAGACUCGCCAGACGGAAUCUGUAAACGAUGUCGAGAUACGAGUCGAUUGUGCGUCUUCAAGGCUCCGCGUGUCAGGCAAAGACGCAAACUCCAUGUCGAUGCUCGAGUGGCGGAGCUAGAGCGGCAACUGCGAGCGCUUCGAAUGCAGUUGCACCAGGCCCAGCACUCUGGUCCCACGAAUAUCUCGUCCUUGACACCACCUGAUGCUGGUGGUCUAAGGUUUGAAGCCCCAGUCACCCCGGCAUCUUGGCCACGGAAAAGCGCUACUGUGAACGAGGACCUCAUUCUUCAUGUUGAGGCAGUAGGCCACAGUCCUACCCGAGCAUCACCGAACCCAGAGCGGGUCGUGAGAAGUAUAGCUGCUAGCAGCGAUGAUGUUGUCGAAAGACACGUUUUAAGCUGGGAAGAAGCUGAUCGACUGGUGGAGGUCUAUUUCGACGGCUUGGCUAUUCACUAUCCCUUUGUUACUUUGCCGGCGUACAGAUCUACAGAAAAGCUUCGAACUGAACGACCUGUUACCUUCCUGGCGAUAUUGGCUGCAGCGAGUGUCACAGCAGGACAUGACUUGAAUACCGCAUUGAACCAUGAGUUGUUGGCUCUUCUGGCUCGGCGCAUCAUGCUAGACGGAGAACAUACGCUUGACCUGGUCCAGGCCAUUACUGUGGUCACCAUCUGGUAUGCGCCGCUUGACAAGUUUGAAAGUCUUCGCCAUUAUCAAUUUGCGCAUUUGGCAGCAACCAUCGCCAUGGACAUUGGCUUGGGUGACGAGAGCCAAGACAGUGGGGAGGAAGACAUUGACGAAGAAGGUUGGGAUCGAAGGAGAACGCUUCUGGGCAUAUAUCAUUUAUGCACCGGUAUUUCUGUUACAACAGGGAGACCAAAGAUGCUGAGGUUCACCCCGUACAAACAGAAGUGCAUUGACCUAUUCAAAGCUCGGAGAGACCUAUCGUACCAAGAUAGGUGGUUCAUCGCAUGGGUCGAACUUCAGAGGAUUUCGGAGGUUGGCGCUGACAUUUUCUUCACUAAGGCCAUGGAUCUCUCAGAUCCCAAGAAUCAGAUCCUCGUGAACGAUUUCUGCAAAAAGCUCGAUUUCUGGAGAGAUGAUCAUGGAUUGCACCUAAAUGACCACGACCUGGAAGACUUUCGGCCACCAUUUCGUGUUCGCCCGCUUGACGCUCCAGCACCUCCCUCCGCAAGACUGACUCCAUUCGUGACCCGUACAUUCAUGGCGCUGGUUGAGACCGUCCACUCCGCACUCGAGGCAUUUCUGCAGUUCGAUGCUGUGAACUUGUUGGCAGCACCAAUUGUCUCGUACUACUUCCAGGCCUUCCAUCAAAUGCUUCAAGGAGCGACCGACAGUGAGGCUCGAAGGACUCCUUCCAAAUUCUGGGCUAUCAUCCGACGCAUGGAACGCUGGUGGCUGCUUCAGGUCCAGCACGCCACCAAGGAAGCAGGCGACCUACGACCCUUCGCUAAAAUGCAGCCUUCAGCGGCUUGCCACUCGCAUUCUCUACCGAAGACCAAAGCCAGCUCCGACCUUCGUGAUUCGCCCAAAGACUCCGAAAGUGGACAAUCAGAGCGUCCACAAGAUGUUGUCACACCCGAACAACAAAUCCCUGGGCUCUCGGUGCACAGCGAGCUCGACCUUGAUCGUGGCAACACUCCGAUCUUGGAAGAAAACUGGGUCAUGGAUAUGGAUCAAGACCCAGCGUCUUUCCUAACGCCUGAAAUUGAUUGGGCACUUUUCGAUGGUCACGGCAUGCUCGACACAAGCGUGCUGGCUGAUACGUGA